GUUUACAAAUUAGGAAUGUGUGUCACGAUUUGUUUAUUUUGCGUUUGUUUAUAAAUUUAUACUGUAAUAUUUUUAUUACAUUUUUUAGAUGAUUAUAUUUUUUUAUCAUUUUUAUGCAGAUAUCUAAUAAGUACUUACCAGCAAUGUAUUUUCUGUGCAACAGAUCAACUAAAAAUUAACCUUAAAUUAAAAUUAUAUUCCGAUCAGAUUAUUUUAUUUUUAUAUGUAAUAUAUCAAGGUACAUUAUAAUUACUUCUAUACAUCAUGGGUUUUUUAGAAGACACGCUGAUCAUCAUUAUAUCUCAGGUGUUCUUUUUCCUUGGCGGAUGGGUAUUUUUCGUCCAAAAGCUGUUCAGAGAUUAUGAAGUCCAUCACCGUUUGGUACAGCUAAUAUUUUCUGUGACAUUAUCAUUAUCCUGUACAUUAUUCGAGCUCAUCAUUUUUGAAAUUGUUGGCUACUUGGACUCCAGUUCCAGAUAUUUCCACUGGAAUCUCGCUCUUUACUUGAUCCUCUUCAUGGUGAUUGUGAUUUUACCAUUUUACAUAGGCUACUUCAUCAUGACUAACGUUACAUUUGUGCGACAAAAGCUGGUCCGACCACUCACUGUGAUAAUAUGGUGCGUUUACAUUUACAUAUUCUGGAAACUGGGAGACCCGUUUCCCAUCUUGAGUCCUAAACACGGAAUCCUGUCAAUAGAACAAGGGAUCAGCCGGAUCGGAGUCAUCGGGGUCACUGUCAUGGCAUUACUCUCCGGAUUCGGAGCAGUUAACUAUCCGUACACAUCUAUGGCUUACUUCAUGAGGCCGGUAGCUCCAGCGGAUAUCCAGGCCACGGAGAAACGCCUGAUGCAGACUAUGGACAUGAUCCUAGUGAAGAAGAAGCGGAUAGCUCUGGCCAAGCGAGGGGUGGCGGACACGGGGCAGAAUAAGGCGGCAGUUGGCUCCAGAGGCAUCUGGGACAUGCUGAAAAACGUGGCAGGCUCCAACAACACCGAAAAUGUGUGGCAGCUGCGCCAGGAGGUGUUGGGCCUGGAGGAGCUCAGCAGACAGCUGUUCCUGGAGGCUCACGACAUGCAGAACAUGCGUGAGAGGCUGGACUGGGCGUGCACGUGGCGCGGCAAGUACUUCAACUGCCUCGGCUACUUCUUCUCUCUCUACUGCAUGUGGAAGAUAUUUAUCUCCACAGUAAACAUAGUGUUCGACAGAGUCGGCAAGAAGGAUCCAGUGACGAGGGGGAUGGAAAUUGCAGUUCAUUGGAUCGGAAUCAACAUAGAUGUUGCCUUCUGGUCACAACACAUUUCGUUCUUCUUGGUCGGUUGUAUCGUCGUAACGUCCAUCAGGGGUUUGCUCCUGACUCUUACCAAGUUUUUCUACGCCAUUUCGAGCAGUAAAUCAUCAAACAUCAUUGUCUUGAUUCUUGCACAAAUAAUGGGAAUGCACUUUGUAUCAUCAGUCCUAUUGAUGCGAAUGAAUAUGCCUCCGGAGUACAGAAUAAUUAUAACCCAAGUGUUGGGCGACUUACAGUUCAACUUCUACCACAGAUGGUUUGACGUCAUAUUUCUAGUCAGUGCGCUUUCUUCAAUAGGGUUUUUAUAUUUGGCACACAAACAAGGCCCAACUGCUGAUAAAUGUUGAAAAGGUCUUUCUUCUCAUGAAGUGUAUUUUAUAUCCUUUUUUUGUUUUUAUCUGUCUUGUACAUUAUAUAUUUAUUAUUUAUUUAUAUUAAACAUAUACAAUGUGA